AAAAUAUUUAAUGUUACGAACGAGGACCUCAUGGCAUGGUCCUGCUGGACAACCUUCAGCUCUCCUUUCCUUUCUCUUACCUGGAUCACGCUGACGGUCAUUACUCCUAGACUCGGACCCUGCGCUUCAUGCCAUUGCUGGGUGGGUUUUUCAAACGUGACAAGCACGGCAGCAACUCGAGGAACAACCCGUCCUCGACCACCCCUGCAGCAACCGAAUCGGUGGCAUCCGUCGCGAGUACAGGAGGAGGAGAGUCCAUCGAAGCUGAAUAUGUCUUCCCUGACGAAUGCUUGCCCCGUCCGACUCCUGUAUACUCAGGUCCCAGAGGUGCUUCUUCCAGCAAACUUAAGCUCCCUUUCCGUCGCAACAAGCAUGUGCAUCAGCCAGGCACACCGGAUGCCUCUCAGCUAGCACCCGUGUCCUUGAACGACGCACCACCACGAUCCUCUGUCGUCUCAGAUCCAGGUCAUGGUCUUCCCCCUCCUCCACCAAAGUCAUCCAUAUUUGGGGUCUAUAACGGCCGCAGUCCCCAUUCCACACGUUCGAACCUUUGUACAGAUACCCCCAGUACAUCAUCGUUAACGGAUGUACUCAGUGAUGCUCACUCGUCUGCCCCUUCGAAUCUAUCUAAAAAACCAGGCCUUUUCUCAUGGGCGAGACAGCGCACAAAAUCCAAAGUCUCGCAACCACCUUCGACCGUUUCUUCUCCCCCCGCUACUAAAUCAGGAACCGAAGAUUCGUCUUUCAAUUUAAAGUCUUUUCGCCACAUUCCAGCAGGUACCAACGCGUCUCCUCAGAAGGCACACAAUACUUCAGUAGUGGCAGAUAUUUCUUUGCCCCCUCCCCGACCACGACCGCGGGAUGAAAGUUUUGGGUCUGAUUCGUCACAGCGGAUAUCUGUUGCCGCAUUCCGUGAAGCGCAGGCUCGGAGAAGCCGCGCAGAGUCCCCUGUCCCUUCCUUCCGGCCUCCGUCAGCCACCGAUACACUCCGUCUCGAUGCUGUUGCCAGGAAGCGUGCGUCUACGGUUUCGGCUGUUUCAGGGUCAGAAAUCUCUCAAUCAAAUCGUGCUUCCGUCCCCCCUUGGUCAUCCUCUAGGCCAAACAGUUCUGCCGUACAAACCUCUUCUGAUUCGGAAGAUUCGAGUUCCGAAGAAGAUGAAGACGUGGAUAGUGGCGAUGAACUAACCCAGAAGCGUGGUGGAGAGCGCACCAUUACUUCUCGGCGUCUUGCUCAGUCCGAGAUGGGACACGGUUCUUUACCUGAGCCGUCUCCAUCAGCGUCAGAUUUUGCGAGAUGGUCUAGAGCAGAUUCGCCGCGAGCGAGCCCGAUGGAGUCGUCGUUUGCAACCCGGGCAAGAGCUUCCGCAUCGACGAGUGCGAUAAUUCCUGACGCCGCAGCACGCCGUGCGUCACUCUUGGCAGGCACAAACUCUGCUCACGGGUUACCUGAGCCCAAAUCGGUGCCCCAGCGACGGAAGAAUGACGACUCAGAUACUUCAUCUGAUAAUUCGGAUAGUAGCAACUCAGAGGAUAAGCCCUUAUCGACUUUGGUUCCGCCUCGGAGACCCGGAAGCUCAACUUCGGUUUCUACGAAUAAGUCUUCGCGUGCUCCCCCGAAACCUCUGAUCGAUAUCAAGUCUCUCGUCGGAAGCCCUCCCGUUCUGACCCCUGUGUUGAGGCACGAGAACUCGAUCAAGAAGCCCACAGGCAAGGAUGAGCCCUUCUCCCCACCGCCAGCGAUCAACAUGUCGAACAGUUUCAUGUCGAACUCUUCAAGUCCCUCACCGAUGAGAGGGCAGAGCCCUGUGGUGGGAAGUAAACAGCAACCAACGACCCAUCAUCGGAGAAUGAGCAGUGAAGCGACCACCGUCUCGACCGCUACAGUCAAAGGCCCUUCGGAUUCCGAGGAGGAACUUGUAAAUGCCAUCCGACUUGUUAAUUCGUUUGACUCGGAGAGAGACAAAGAGAAGUCACAGACCAACUCUAGCGCUUUCCCUCGGGUUCAGGAACCUGAGCAGAAAUCUAACGAUCGCAUUAUCCCAACCCCCAUCCGCGAGCGACAACCUUUGUCUUCGUUUGCAGUAGUAUCUAGACCGCCCCAACGCGCUAGCAUGUCCGGGAUCUCACAGACGUCGCCGUCCUCGCCGUCCCCACCUAUCGCCGCCUCGCUUCCGGUGACUUCCUCACCGCCCAUCAGGACAACAAGGUCUGCUGCUGGUGUGGGCGCCCGUCCGCGCUCCACUACUUUGAUGAAUCCCCCUUCAUAUUCGUCAACCGACAAGUCAGACUCCAAGUCUACUACCUCGUCAUCUUCUCGCGCGUCUCGCGUUCCCCCUAUCCCACUUAUCCGUUCUAUCCCCGACUCUCCAUCUGUCAAAGCGGACAACAGGCAGUCUUCCCAGAGUACUAUGAAGCUACGUGCAACCUCUGCCGGCCCUCCAGAGACCCGCUCGCGUCCGCAGUCGCACACGUUGGCAUCUCUGAUGUCUUCGCCGCCUUCUUUGUCCUCGUCUGGCCGCAACAGCAGCUUCUUAUCAUACGGGUCGCAGUUGAUGCCGCAGCGCCCCUUCGUGGGCAAUAGUUCCGCACGUGGUGACAGUCCUGCCCCCAGCUCGACUGGCGAGUCUAGCAGUGGCGGUCCUCCGUUCACUCCGCGCGAUGGGAGUGAGAUUGGUGUUAGACUGCCUGAGAGUGGGAGCGAUGUCGGGUCUACAUUGAAGGCACGUGCCCACAUAAGGAAGUCAAGCGUUACCUUCGAGGAUAUACCUGAAAAAGGUAGGGAGCGCGGGAGAGAGAGGGCGAAGAGCGAAGCUGCAGAGGAGGAGAGGAGGCGCGAGAGGAGAAGGAGCGAAGCAAAGGCUGCUAUCGAGUUUGGCAAGCUCGUCAAUAGCCGUGGUCCACUGGUACACGAUGGAUGGGAUGACGAGCUGUCACAUCGUUCCGGGAAUGGACGAAUGAGAAUGAGCAUGAACCCGAUGAUGGGAAUGGGUAUGGAGGGCAAUAUGCCGGGCAUGAUGACACCGAGUGGAUGGGUAUCUUGGCAACAACCGAUGGCUACGGGUAUGAGUGGCGUGGUUCCUCAACUUCAGUUCAACAACGACCCUGCUUUCCUUGCUGCCCAUCAGCGCGCCAUGAUGAUGGCAAAGCAGGCGUACCAGAUGGCAGUCGCCCAACACGCUAUUGCUGUCGCCGGCGAAGAAUGGGAGAGGAGUUCUAACGCUGGGUUUGGGAGCGGCGGAUCUGUGUACGGAGGUGGUAGCGCGGCGAGUGUGUAUGGUGGGGCGGGACCCAGACCUGGAGCGGGCAUGAUGGGUAUGCCAAAUACGGGUAUGCUCGUGCCGCCAGGACCGUGGCAUGGUGCUCCUACGAUGUUCCCGGGCACAGCCUUGAUGUAUGGUGGUGGAAUCAACAGUACGCAAAGCGAGUUCGGCGGCGCGGCUGGAUGGGCGUCAAAGAGUGCAUAUGGGGAAUCAUUUGGACCGUCGUCGAGAUCGAGCUAUUUGCAAGCGGGUCGUGGCGUCCCUGCUAGUUCUGCAAGUGCAUAUGAUGGGCCCGCUCCGAGACCUCGUGCGAAGACAGGCGCAGCUCCGCCUUCCUCACCCAGGAGUCCGGGACGGAGUCGGGUUCCUCCGCCGUCAAGUUGGAAGGUCGCAAAGUGACCUGCCUCAUUUCGUUUAUAAACAACUGUUUUCCAUGGUCAAGAGGUAUACAGUAACGAUUUUUUGAUGCGGUGAACCUUUCGUUUUUCGUUUUCUGCGGCAGCCGGUUCGUUCCCUUUUAUCUCUAUGAAUUCGAACGUUCGUUUUCCUUCCGGGCCCGAGUCCGCAUCAGACAUUCAUUAGCAAUUUCCUUGGUAAUCUUGCAUUCUUUCUUUCUUUCUGAGGCUGUCCGAUAUUAUCGACAGCUCUUGGGGAUCCUUCUGCACCUUCUAUUAUUACAACUUGACAUACAUUUUGCAUGUUUGCGCACUGAGUAUUAUUGCGGAAAGACGCUCUAGGUAGCUUACUAUUAUCUUCACGGUAAACCAAACAAUCCGCAUUCGCAAGCG